AUGGCGCGAAGACUCAAUAUAGUCGUUGAGGAGGUGAAGCUCCAACAUUACCUUCAAACAACACAGAAACACGAGCAUGGGUACAAACCAAAACAUCAGUCAAAUCAGAAUGCUGGCGAGCCAGCUGCAAGUCAGAGCAGGGAGUUGGCGUCAACACGCCCAGCACCUGGCCAACCACAUCUUACUGGCACGCGUAUCAAUCGAGGUGCUGGGCGUCUUGAGAGCACCAUAUGCCGCUGUCAGAACCCCAAUGAGCAUGGGGACGCUUUCUCCAAUGGAGACGCUUCUUGGGGAACUGACCGGAACGGCAUGGACAUCUCUUGGAGUAUAGCCAUGAACCGUAUCCUCGAUGUUUAUGGUACAAACUCGAUGACGCGAGAACAGUAG